GCUUUUAGAUGCGGUAUCAUACACUGCUUCAAUAUGAAUAGACGUCUGUAGAAAUAAUUGAUUAAAAUGGAAGUUAUUUCAAAAUUAUUUGUACUGACUUUAUUGUCAUGUGUAAUUGAUAUAAAGACAGAUAACCCAUGUGCACCAAAGCAGUUUCCACAAAGGGAGUCUGUAGUGUGCGUAUGCAAUGCGACGUAUUGCGACGAUUUCAUCAGAGAGGCACCUGAGGAAGGAUCUUAUGUGACGUACACGUCUUCAAAGGAUGGGAUGCGCUUCAAAAAAGAAGUACGAAGUUUUCAAAAUAACGAUGAGCAAAAGAGCGGUCACUGUCACGACUCCUUAGAAAUCGAUCCAAGUACAACCUACCAGAGUGUUGAAGGUUUCGGCAGCGCCGUAACUGAUGCUGCUGGGAUUAACUGGAAAAGCCUCGACCCAGCAUUGCAAUAUGAAAUGAUAAAAUCAUAUUUUAGUGAAGAAGGCCUGGAAUAUAAUAUGGUGAGAGUCCCAAUCGGUGGGACUGACUUCUCGACACACCCUUACGCCUAUAAUGAACUGCCUGAAGACGACAUUAACCUUACCAACUACACUUUAGCGCCAGAGGAUUACCAAUUAAAGUUCCCAAUGCUGCACCAAAUAUUAAACGUAUCAGCGGAGUCAGUUCACAUAGUAGCAACGACCUGGUCCCCACCACCGUGGAUGAAGACCAACGACGACUAUUCGGGGUACAGUCGCUUGAAAAAGGAAUACUAUCAGACCUAUGCGGAUUAUCACAUGAAAUUCAUAGAAAAAUAUGAAGCUGAAGAUAUCCCCAUAUGGGCAAUAACAACCACCAAUGAACCUGUUAAUGGUGUUUUUAAUUUAGCCUCGUUCAAUACACUCGGCUGGACUGCGAAGGAAUUGGGAAAUUGGAUACUUAACUAUUUAGGACCAACUUUGCGAAACUCAACGUAUGACAACGUCAAAAUAUUAACAUGUGACGAUCAGCGCUACUCCAUUCCUUUCUUCUUUAAUAUUCUGAUAAAUGAGUACCCAGAAGCAAUUAACUACAUCGAUGGUAUCGCAGUUCAUUUUUAUGGUGAUAAAAUAAUACCAGCUUCUGUAUUAGAUAUCGCUACGAAGAAUCAUCCGGAUAAAUUUAUUCUUGCUACUGAAGCCUGUGAAGGAACAAUGCCUUGGGAAGAAGAUGUCAGCCUCGGAUCAUGGAGCAGAGCAAAUAGCUAUAUAUCCGACAUAAUCGAAGAUUUGAAUCAUCACGUUGUAGGCUGGAUAGACUGGAACAUGUGUUUAAAUACACAAGGAGGACCGAAUUGGGUGUCCAAUUUUGUCGAUUCCCCCAUCAUUAUUAGCGACGAUAAACAAGAGUUCUAUAAACAACCGAUGUUCUACGCUAUGGGACAUUUCUCAAAGUUUAUUCCUAGAGGUUCGAUAAGAGUUAAAGUAAAGGAAAAUGGGUCUAAUUGUCAUUCGUCCAUUCAGCAUGUAGCGUUUUUGACUCCUAGAAACACGACAGUGGUGGUUCUUGCUAACAGAGGAGACCAAAGAUCGGUGAAGGUCACGUGUCAAGGUGAUACAGUCGCUUUGGAUAUGAGUGAACAUUCUAUUGUUACCGUGGAAUUUGUAACAAAGAAUGAAUUCAAUAAUGAUAACUCCUUAGAAGUAACAGAUUGAAUAUUAUGUCCUUAAGAGAUCUAAAAUAUUGUCCACAAAUAUAGUUAUUAUUUAAUUAGCAUGUUUAGUGUUUUCUUCUUUUUUUUAUUUGUUAAUAUUUAUCUCAUGAUACAUCCCAACCGCCAUCUCGAAGCCAUUUAAUUAAGAAUAAUAAAGAUAUACUAACAAAGUCAAUACUAUAACGCUAAGCAACCUACUAAAAUUAUUUAAAAAAUUUCUUUGAUUUAAUAAUCAUUUUAAAGCAAGCAUUUACCAGAUGUUAUUCGUGUUUUCAUCACAUGUAUUUUUUAUUUAAAUCUUGGUAAUCCAAUGUAAGAUUGUACAACAUCGAAGUAUUUAAAAGUGUAUCCAAUAGGACGAACAAUUUUUAGAGAUACUUAACAUUUAUAUUGUUUUAAUUCCAACAUUGAUUUUCUUAUUGUUAUCAUUGUGUUCUUAU